GCGUUUCCGGAAACAAGUGAGGGAGGCCAUCAGAGCUGUGAUGGCGGAGGUUGCCCGGUCUCAUAGACUUGGGUUGCUCCGUGUUGUCUGUGGCUGUCAUGUACCUGCCAGUACCCUAUGGACCGAAGGCGGCGUGAGGACACCGGAGGAUCGGGUCACUAUUCCCGGUCCCGAAAAAGGUAACCGGAGAGUGGGGGUGACCCGGCUGAAGUCUGCCCUUUGCGAAGCCGGCGGUGCCUACCUCUUAAUAUUUACCGCUGCGAGAAGACUCGAGUCGGGUCUGCGGCAGAGCUUUAGUGGUUGGCCGGCAAUUCGAGUCACGGCCGGCAGGGGUCCCUUCACCCUCGGGCCGCAGUUGAGCAGGACCUACGUACGCAAUGGCAGCGGAGCCCCGGAGCUGCAGCUAUACAGAAGCAAGACGGCGUACUACGACAUCCUCCAAGUGACCCCCAGCGCUACUCAGGCACAGAUCAAGACGGCCUACUACAAGCAGUCUUUCUUGUACCACCCUGACAGAAACGCUGGCAGUGAGGAGGCUGCGCUGCGCUUCUCGGACAUUAGUGAAGCCUACACGGUACUGGGCAGCAUCAGUCUCCGCAAAAAGUACGACCGGGGCAUCCUGAGUAAAGCCGACCUGCUGGGUACUGGCAGACCUUCCCCCAACGAGGGCCCAUCAGUGUCCAAGGAGCGAAGCCAAGGAAGCCACAGUCAGCGGAAGUGGACACGAAACGGCAAACCCGUCACCCACACCGGGGACAAGCCGAUCUUUGACUUCGAUGCCUUUUAUAAAGCGCAUUACGGACAGCAGCUGGAGCGAGAGAAAAUGUUGCGCGAGUUAAAGAGAAAGCGCCAGGAGAACGAGAAAAAGAAAACCAACCUGAACAAGAUGACCGAGGUGUCCGCGGGAAUCAUCCUGGCCAUAAGUUUACUCAUAUUCUACAAUUUGCGCUCGAGUAUGUGAGCCGCGGCCUCUGCACAGUCGUUCACAUUUGAGCAGUCAGACACUUCACCGAAUGCCUUGGUGACUUUUGUUAGCUUUGUGUCCUUUUUUAACCCCCCCCCCCCCUACCGGGCGUGUGUUGUAAGGCGAUGGCCAGCUUCAGUUUUAAAGUAAUCAGUAGUUGAACAGUAACUGUUUCGGUUUAAUCAGAUUGGCACAUGCUUUCUUUCAGCUCCAAAUGUGCCAGCUCUUGGCAGCAAAGAGAGGCUUUGAUUUGGAGGAGUAGCUUUUCACCAAAGUGAAGUCACGUCCUUCAGGGUCAUUGCAUUGCUGCCUUAUCGCUGGAUGGCAGUUCACACAUAUAGGAUGACAGUCUGUUAAACAAUGCCAUUUCUGGUUUUAAAUGUUUCCACCCAAGCCAUUGAAGCCCCAACGCUGGCAAAGUCCCUUUGUUGGAGCAGCUUCUUCACAACAGCAAUUACAGGGAGAGGGCCGAUCACCUCAGUGCAUGGUGCCUUAUUAGGAUUCUGUUAUUUAUGGUUGUAUGAUGGUGGUACGGAGUACACUUAACUACCACAGCAAGGGAACUGCACAGAAUUCUUCAACUUAGUAGAAACUUAUGCCACACUUGGCCAUAACUGAGGACCUUUCUGUGGGAUGUGGUUGCAUCUGCGGCUAUUCCCUGGUUUGAGAAGGUUUCUCUACAUGUACGUGUGUGUCUUUCGAGGACAGAAUUUACAGACUUAAAACUCCAUGGAUGACUGCAGAAGGAGCAGCCUGCACUGGACUGGAAUCGGACAUUUCUGGUGUAAAGAUAAAAAUUAAAAACACUUUUAAAUGAA